GAUUUGGGAAUAACCAAAGAGUGGAUAGACAAUGCAAUACUCAAGGCAUUGUCAAUAAAACAUUUGGAAAUGAUUAAAGUUCUUGUCAAUGCAAUUGCUACACAGAAAAGAUAUUUCAAUAUAUUGAACAAAGCAGAAUGGUGCAAAUAUAUGGAUGUGGUUGAGUUUCUUGCAGAGCAAAAUGCAGAUGUCAAUGCACAGGGAGGAUUCUAUGAAAAUGCACUGCAGACAGCAUGUUAUGGGGGCAAUCUAGAUAUUGUCAAGUUUCUUGUAGAGAGAAAUGCAAAUGUCAAUGCACAGGGAGGGGAAUAUGGCAAUGUACUGCAGGCAGCAUGUUAUAAGGACAAUCUGGCCAUUGUCAAGUUGCUAGUAGAGAGAAAUGCAGAUGUCAAUGCACAGGGAGGGAAAUAUGGCAAUGCACUGCAGGCAGCAUGCUAUAAGGACAAUCUGGCCAUUGUCAAGUUGCUAGUAGAGAGAAAUGCAGAUGUCAAUGCACAGGGAGGGCAAUAUGGCAAUGCACUGCAGGCAGCAUGCUAUAGGGACAAUCUGGCUAUUGUCAAGUUGCUAGUAGAGAGAAAUGCAGAUGUCAAUGCACAGGGAGGGGAAUAUGGCAAUGCACUGCAGGCAGCAUGCUAUAGGGACAAUCUGGCUAUUGUCAAGUUGCUAGUAGAGAGAAAUGCAGAUGUCAAUGCACAGGGAGGGGAAUAUGGCAAUGCACUGCAGACAGCAUGCUAUAAGGACAAUCUGGCUAUUGUCAAGUUGCUAGUAGAGAGAAAUGCAGAUGUCAAUGCACAGGGAGGGGAAUAUGGCAAUGCACUGCAGACAGCAUGCUAUAAGGAAAAUCUAACUAUUGUCAAGUUGCUAGUAGAGAGAAAUGCAGAUGUCAAUGCACAGGGAGGGGAAUAUGGCAAUGCACUGCAGGCAGCAUGUUAUGAGGGUGAUCUGGAUAUUGUUGAGUUGCUAGUAGAGAGAAAUGCAGAUGUCAAUGCACAGGGAGGGCAAUAUGGCAAUGCACUGCAGGCAGCAUGUUAUGAGGGUGAUCUGGAUAUUGUUGAGUUGCUUGUAAAGACAAAUGCAGAUGUCAAUGCACAGGGAGGGCAAUAUGGCAAUGCACUGCAGGCAGCAUGUUAUAAGGGUGAUCUGGAUAUUGUCAAGUUUCUUGUAGAGAAAAAUGCAGAUGUCAAUGCACAGGGAGGGCAAUAUGGCAAUGCACUGCAGGCAGCAUGUUAUGAGGGUGAUCUGGAUAUUGUUGAGUUGCUUGUAAAGACAAAUGCAGAUGUCAAUGCACAGGGAGGGCAAUAUGGCAAUGCACUGCAGGCAGCAUGUUAUAAGUACAAUCUGGCUAUUGUCAAGUUGCUUGUAAAGACAAAUGCAGAUGUCAAUGCACAGGGAGGGGAAUAUGGCAAUGCACUGCAGGCAGCAUGUUAUGAGGGUGAUCUGGCUAUUGUGAAGUUUCUUGUAGAGAAAAAUGCAGAUGUCAAUGCACAGGGAGGGCAAUAUGGCAGUCCAUUGCAGGCAGCAUGUUAUAAGGGCAAUCUGGCUAUUGUCAAGUUGCUUGUAGAGAAAAAUGCAAAUGUCAAUGCACAGGGAGGGCAAUAUGGCAAUGCACUGCAGGCAGCAUGUUAUGAGGGUGAUCUGGAUAUUGUCGAGUUGCUAGUAGAGAAAAAUGCAGAUGUCAAUGCACAGGGAGGGCAAUAUGGCAGUCCACUGCAGGCAGCAUAUUAUAAGGGCAAUCUGGCUAUUGUCAAGUUGCUUGUAGAGAAAAAUUCAAAUGUCAAUGCACAGGGAGGGCAAUAUGGCAAUGCACUGCAAGCAGCAAGACACCAGAGAAGAUAUGAUGUUGCCAAUUUCUUGGAAUCCCAUCACACUGUAGCAUCUACGGUCAUGCACUCAGGGACAAUGGCACAGGUUUGA